AUGCUUCUGGUCAAGAGUAUAUUCCUGGCCACUACUCAAUAUUGGAUGAUGUGCUUUCCCUUGCCUAAGGCAGUCAUCCAUAAGAUUGAGGCUAUCUGCAGAGCUUUUGUGUGGACAGGUAAAGACAAAGGGAGGAAAAGCCCUGUUGCUUGGCAGCAGGUCUGUAGACCCAUCAAACAAGGAGGCAUGGAUAUUAUCAAUAUGGGCAUUUGGAACCAGGUUGCUUUGCUCAAAUGCCUCUGGAAUAUUGCCAAUAAGAUGGACAAUCUAUGGGUUAAGUGGGUGCACUUUUACUACCUGAAGAGGAACUCUAUAUGGAAUGCUCCUAUUCCAUCCAACUGUACCUGGAUCAUGAAAGCUAUCUUUGAUAGAAGAAGUGAUGUCCAAGAACAUCAGCAAACAUGGCAGAUGAUGCAGAACAUAGGCAAAUUCUCCAUGAAAAGAAUGUAUGAGAAGCUGGUCCCUGAUGUUCCUACUGUGAACUGGAGUAGUCUGAUUCAGCACAAUCAAGCGAGGCCUAGAGCUGUAGUAUGCUUAUGGUUGGCUUGUCAGGAUCGCUUGGCCACUAAAGUCAGGCUCAAAAGAAUCGGGAUUCUGCAGAGUGAGCUUUGUAGCUUUUGCAAUGAUGCCCCUGAAGAUUUUAACCAUCUCUUAAUUGAGUGUAGAAUCUGCUCUGCUGUCUGGAAGAAUGUGCUUCAAUGGCUCCAAGUGAGGCAUAUACCUUGUAACUGGCUGGAGGAAAUCACAUGGCUUACUAGUAAUACGCGUGGGAAGGGUUUUAUGCAGAACAUGCUUAAGCUCUCAAUAGCUGAAACUGUUUAUGGUUUGUGGAUAUACAGAAAUACCAAUAUUUUUGAUAGAGAUAAUGUUGAUAAUACUGAUAGUGUUGCUAGGAAAAUUGUUGAUAUGAUAAUUCAAAGAGGGUGGAUGAAACCCAAACAUAGGGACAAACUUGCUUUGCUCAUGUUAUAG